AUUAGGAGUGUAUACAUUGGUGUGUGCAAUUUCGCAAAGGCAGAGGAGCAGGUUACAAAGCGAUCGGAUUUCCGCGUUUACCAUCAGCUGGCUCAUCGUCCUCUCCUGGAUGACCUUGAACAAGAGCUGCCACUUAUCGUCGUAUACCGUACAGCCAAUGGCUCUUUCAGACAUUAUCCGAUACGACGACGUAAAGUGGGAACGUCAUCGUACUACUAUGUUGACUACGGCGACCCUAAAGCACAAGCACACGCUUCUCUUGAUCAUCUCGUUCGAUAUUAUCAGGUAAAAUACCACCCAAACGUCCACCUGCUUACUGUAAAGUGUUAUCUACAGAUCAACGCUCAAAGACAUCCAGAAAAUGGCGAAUACGCUGAUCAAUUCCCGUGGUGGGAAAGUUCAUUUGUGAGCGAGCUUAUGCCUGAGCUAAGAUUUGACUAG